GCCUCCCCCGGCGGUUCGCUGCGGUCCGGCGGCCCCGCGGCGGUUCCUCGUCGUCGCCCCCGGGCCCCGGUCGGAGCACCCGCCUGUGGCAACCACGUUUCCAGGUCAAGGUCUUUGUGUGUGUGUGCUGAUUUUCCGAUGAAGUACAUCCUGGUGACUGGUGGUGUCAUCUCAGGCAUUGGCAAAGGGAUCAUUGCAAGCAGCAUUGGCACCAUUCUGAAAUCAUGUGGUCUACGUGUCACUGCAAUCAAAAUUGAUCCUUACAUAAACAUAGAUGCUGGAACCUUUUCGCCAUACGAACAUGGUGAGGUUUUUGUAUUGAAUGAUGGUGGAGAAGUUGACUUGGAUUUGGGAAAUUAUGAGAGAUUUUUGGACAUUAAUCUCUAUAAAGAUAACAAUAUCACCACUGGAAAGAUAUAUCAGCAUGUCAUUAAUAAAGAAAGACAUGGUGAUUACCUGGGGAAAACUGUUCAAGUUGUUCCACACAUCACUGAUGCAGUUCAGGAAUGGGUAAUGAAUCAGGCAAAAGUUCCAGUGGAUGAUGACAGACAGGAGCCACAAAUUUGUGUAAUUGAGCUGGGUGGAACCAUUGGAGAUAUUGAAGGAAUGCCAUUUGUUGAAGCAUUUAGACAGUUUCAGUUCAAAGCAAAAAGAGAAAACUUUUGUAACAUCCAUGUUAGCCUAGUACCGCAGAGGUUGGUUGCUUAUUCAAGCUUUCAAAAUGUGCCUUUCCAGCCUAACGCCACUGGUGAACAGAAGACAAAACCAACACAGAACAGUGUUCGAGCGCUGAGGGGUCUAGGCUUGUCUCCAGAUUUGAUAGUCUGCAGAAGUGCAAAACCUAUAGAAAUGGCGGUGAAGGAAAAGAUUUCCAUGUUUUGUCAUGUGGAGCCUGAGCAGGUGAUAUUUAUUCAUGAUGUUUCUUCUACUUACCGAGUACCAAUCCUGUUGGAGGAGCAAGGCAUCAUUAAGUAUUUUAAACAGAGGUUAAAUUUACCUAUUGAUGACCAGCCAAGUGAUCUUCUAAUGAAAUGGAAGAAAAUGGCUUGCAGAUAUGAAAGGUUGCUGAAGGUGUGUUCCAUAGCUCUCGUUGGCAAGUACACCAAGCUAAGUGACUGCUAUGCAUCUGUUUUCAAAGCUCUGGAACACUCUGCACUGGCAAUUAAUUACAAACUGGAUUUAAUGUACAUAGAUUCAACAGAACUUGAACGUUCUACAGAAGCAGAGAACUCAGUGAAAUAUCACCAGGCAUGGCACAAACUGUGCAAAGCAGAUGGCAUUCUGGUCCCAGGAGGGUUUGGAAUUAGGGGAACAGAAGGCAAACUCCAAGCUAUCUCCUGGGCAAGAUCAAAAAAAAAACCUUUUCUUGGAGUUUGCCUGGGAAUGCAGUUAGCAGUUGUGGAAUUUGCAAGAAACUGUUUGAAUUGGAAAGAUGCAAAUUCUACAGAAUUUGACCCAGACACAAAAAACCCUGUUGUUAUUGACAUGCCAGAACACAAUCCUGGAGAUAUGGGGGGAACGAUGAGACUGGGGAAGAGGAGGACUGUUUUCAAAACAGAAAAUUCUGUUUUAAGGAAGCUUUAUGGUGAUGAAGCAUUUGUAGAGGAGCGACACAGGCAUCGAUAUGAGGUGAACCCAGAAUUGACUCACUGCUUUGAAGAGAAAGGUUUGAAAUUUGUUGGCCAUGAUACGGAGGGGAACAGAAUGGAAAUUAUUGAACUGGAGAAUCACCCAUAUUUUGUGGGAGUUCAGUUCCACCCAGAAUUUUCCUCAAGACCUAUGAAACCUUCACCUCCAUACCUUGGACUGUUGCUAGCAGCAACUGGGACACUCAAUGCAUACCUUCAGCGUGGAUGUAAAUUGUCUCCAAGAAAAAACGACAGCUACAGUGACCUAAGCGAUGACAGUUCUCCAGAAAAAGAGUUUCCUAAUCCUGGCACAAGCUGAAACGAUUGUAUGAGAUUACAGAAAUGGAUGAUGCUAUUGAGAAACUUGGGAACAAAACAAUAUUGAAGAAAGUAGAAGAGUAAGCUGCUUUCAGUUCUCAUACUGUCUCCUCCUCUAUGGCUUUCAGUAAUUCUCAUUACAGAUGACAGUUUAACUGUCCUGUAGCAAAAACAGUUCUGUGUAAAUGCUGUUUCUCUUUAAAAGUUACAAAACAGGUGUGCACCUUAGCUGUUAAUCAUUAUUGAUCUUGUUCUAUGUUUCAGAGUGAUCUCAGGUGAAUAUGUAUUAAUUCACUAGUUCACAGCUGUUCUUGAUUUGAAGAAAGAUUUGACUGGUUUCAAUUUGCCUUAGAACAGGAAGACAAAACGCAUUAGUUCUUGGGAGUGAGAGGGAAUGCAGUAAAACAUUUAAGGGAAAAUUGUCUUAUUCUUGAGCAGUAGAAAACUGUUUCAGAUUUGUUUCCCUGUUAAGCUUGUAUAUAUAUUUUUUUUUUAACUUUUUUUGCUGUUCAAUAUGUACAAAUGAAAAAUUGUUGCUAUAUUUCAGCUCUUUGUGAUUGUAAUAAUUAAUGUUGGAUACACAUUUUUUCACUUUGCUCUUAUAAGUGAUUUGAUUCCACAUAAGUUCAUUUGCUCUAUUUCUCCUGGAAGUCUGGUAAUACUGACCUGCAAAAUUACAGAAGUGAUAUUAGAAGCUGGUUUUGUAUUUAUAUUUUGUAAGAGAGAAAGUAAAUACAAUCAUAUUGAACACUUGUGUGAAAGUUGUAGAAGAACCAGUCACAAACCUGGAGUGUUUUCUAGGAUGUUUUUCUGCAUCCAGUGACCACUCCAUUGUCACAGCACUUAAUCCCCAAUAGAAUACAAUGAUGUGUUUCAAUUUAAAAAUCACAAGUUCUUCCACUGCAUGCAAACAACUGCAAGCAGCCCUCCAAAGCCAGGACUGGAGCCUGAAUCACUGAGACAGGAGAGGAAGGCGAGAGGUGCUUUACUGGGUGUAAGGCUGGAUCCCAUUAGCAGUGGGGCAUCAUCAAACCUGUCACAGAAGCUGGACCUGAGCUAAGUAACUGAUGGGCUCCAGAUGCCUGGAACACACUUUCCUAUAAAGAAAAAUUCUGAAUUCUGAGUGUCAUGUUUCAUUUUGGUUUUGGGCAAAAUGACUUUUUAAAAAUUCAUCAAAAAUUAAAUAUCUGCACAAAAUUAAAAGGCACCAUGUCCCUUAUUACAGCUUUGUUAAACAUCAAGUUUGAAGCUUUGCAUUGCUCUAGGAAAUCUCAGGUUACACAGCCAGUUUAUCUCUUUAGUAAAAGAAGCUUUAAUGAUAGUGAAAUAUAAAAUGUAUUCCUAUGGCAUUACUUUUCUAAAGGAGUUUACAAAUGUGUGCCUUAGAAAUAGUUAUUGACAGAAUUGAUGUCACUGUGUGUAUUCCCCACUGAGAGGCACUGGCUACUGGUUUGUGAAAAGUGAAGAAUUUCCUAAGAUUGUCUAUAAUGUGCAAAUGUAUUUUCAAAAUAUUUUCAAUAAAUGGUAUUAUUCAGAA